CGCCCACGUGCGUCUUCUCCAACAAAAAGCAGUUCACAUUUACUUAGAAGCGUCACAAUGACUCACCUUGGGAACCUGCGCUAACUACCAAAAGCUGGGAUUUCACGAGCUGGAAACGGCAGCAAGAAAACGUAUCCCAAAUGAUGGCAGAUCAUGGAGACCUUUGUGUUGGACAGGAAGCCAACUACUGCAUGAAUGGAGGGACCUGCUAUAAAAUACCAUCUAUGAAUACACUCUCCUGUGUGUGUGAUGAAAAUUACAAAGGCAGCAGAUGCGAGCAGUUCCAACUCUUCAGCAGUUCCACCAAUGCAGGGGAGGCAGGGUUGAUUGCAGCCGUGGUCAUCGUUGCCCUCCUCAUCUUCGUGAUCCUGGUAGUUGUUAUCUACUACAUACGCAAGAUGUGGAAGGCCAAGCAACAGAGCCAACAGAACGAUCAGCAACAGUACUGGAGAGUAAAACCAAGAGUAUGAGCUUUUCUUCUGAUGUGCAUAUUAUUCACUUGUGGUUGUGCUAGAUGGGAUGAGAAAUGAGUGUCGCUUUGUGCCUCGUUGGACUUGAUACUGUUUUGGAUAUGAAUAUGAAAGACCAACAGACGGCGGAGAACUGCUGCUCUGACCUCAACUAAAGUCGAGGCAGGUGAAGAGCGGAGAGCCGAUUAAUUGCCUCAUGAGAUUUCUGGAUUCCACGCGAUUCGAACAAAGGUGUAACUCAUUAACACACACACAGAAGCAAGGUGUGAAGCGGCUGUGCGCGAGUGGGAAUCGAAUCACACCUUGCACAGUAUCUUUUUAAACACAUCUAUGUAGUAGGCACUGGCGUUACUUGUGUUAAAUCACAUUUCAAUUUAUGUGCUUUGUCUGAACUAUAUUUACAAAGCAUAGGUAGACUACCGGUAUGUAAAAAAAGACAUGUUGUGAAAGAUUAUUCUAAAUAUCAAAUUGGUAAUAUGGGAUUAUGAAAUGACCCCCUGUAUCAAUUAAUCAAUAUGCUUAAGAUGUUAUUAGUAAAUAUUUGAAAAAUUUGUAAAUACAUGCAAUGGACCCCUGAA